UUGUGCAAAACAUUUCUGUUUGUGUUUUAAAGAAGCAGCUGGCAGGCAUCAGGACACAAAAAUGAAUACUACCCAUUUAAUUCAGCAAGACCCUUUAAGUGAAAAUAUAGGUUUUCCGGAAUUUGUUAGUUAUCCAGGAUCCCAAGAUUCAAAGAACGAAAUUCGUGCAGGAUUUAGGCAUCCGGACACAAAAAUGAAUACAACCCAUUUAAUGCAGCAGGACACUUGUAGUGAAAAUUUAGGGACUCCAGAAUUUGUUAGCUAUCCUUCAGAAACUCAAGAGAUUCGCGCUGGAUUUCUAAAGCUCGAGCAGAAAAUUAAUAAUUUGGAAAAAUUGGUAAAAGAUUCAACAUCAAAGAUUCUGGCCCAAAUGUCAAUAUUAACGGGAAAUAUGAACGUGCGCAAGCGGACAUUUCCGAUUUCUACAUUUGCAGAACUCGGACAAUUGGACUCCGAUGCCGAAACUAAUCCAGAAGAAUUUAUACGCUUGUUAAAAACCAUGAUCGGAGAUGAAAGCAUAACAAUUGGUCUAAGACGACUUCUUUCAGACGACCUGUUAUUUAAAAUGAAUUAUUCAGGAAAGAUGGGACAGGUCGGCCUAAUGCAUUAUAGUAAUUUCACCAACCUACUGUAUGAGGCACUCAAAAACGACGAUUACAGUCUUCGCCAAUAUAAAGAUGAUCUGCGUUCAGCGUUCAAUAAGGCAAAAAAUAAAGUAUACAAAUAUAAUCAUGAACAAAAAAAAAGGAAAAGAAAUUCUGAGGACUAAAUUUUUAAUAGUCGUAAAAUUUAGUUUUCCCUUUUUUUAUAUGUACUUUACUUUAAAUCAUUGGUUAAGGUUCAUUCCUUGGACUGUAAAUAGAUUAAAAAAUGCAUAUUACAAAU